AUGACCCCAUAUGCAGAAAGUGGAGGUAGUGACAGUGGUAGUUCAUCUUCAAGUUCAAGUCAUGGAGGAGGAGGAAGCAACUCGUCAUCAUCUAAACCAGUAUCGAUACCAACCGCAACCAAUGGACUAAACAACUCUAGUACAGCAGCAACAGCAGCAACAACUCUCAACGCAUCAGGCAAUGCGUUGAAUCUAUCGGGGGGUACACCCAACCCUUCGACAUCGCCACCACUCUCUGAUAUUGAGCAUUACCUCAAUACCACGUAUUCUGGCGAGCUUCCCGAGUUGGUGGUGGCUGCGUGUUGGUGGGCCGACUCGCUCGGCAAGCUCAAUGUGACCAUCCCCAAGGACAACCUCAAACGGUUCCGAAAGGAACUUAUUAUGGGUCUGAGGGAGCGCAUCAGAGGACAUUGGUACCCCGAGACUCCGGAUCGCGGACAGGGCUACCGUGCAGUGGUGUGCGAGGAGACAACCGACCGUCUGUUGAUCGACGCUGCGCGACGAUCCGACAUCCACGGCGACUUUAGAUCGUUCUUUAAGCAAAACACGACUAUGUGGGUCGACCCUGGCAAUGUCACCUAUAGACAUGGCAAACAUUAUGAAAAAACCCUCUAUCCGCUAAACUAUUAUAGCACCAAAGAGGGCAGCGUCGUUGGCGCUGUUAGCAUCACCAGCAGCGGCGGCAGCAGCAACAUUAUCGGUGGCGGCAGCAGCAGCAAUAGUGUAAAUAGUAGUAGCAGCAGUAUCAAUGGAAUAGGCGCUGCUACUAGCAGCAACAACAACAAUAGUAAUAUCAUGGGUAGCAGUGGAGGAUUCUCUAUGAACUCCUUUUCAAACUCUCUCCUCAACAAUGUAAUUAAUCAAACACCUCCCAGAGGCAAUCAAAAUGUAACAAGAGUAUCAUCACCAUCGCUUUCAUCAAACUCGGCUCCAUUUUCUCCAUCAUCGCCACUUGUAUAUCAUCUCUAUAACCAAUCACCAUCUGUAUCUCCACCAGCAUCACCUGCCAAAGAUCUCUAUCCCCAAAAUCAACCAAAUAACAAUUCCAGUAAUCCAAAUGUAUAUUCAAACUACAGAACUAACACUCCAAUAAAGUAUCCACAAUAUUCUUAA